CUUCAGUUCAAGUUCCUCAAACAGCAAAGAAAAUGGUGCAGAACUCGCAAAGAAAUAUUCAGAGGACAACACACAUGGAGAGCACUUGAGACUUGAGAGAAAUGGAGAUAGAUUCCAACGUCCAUUUUAUUUCACGUUAAUAUGAGAAAAUUGUGAAUUUUCAUCUUGGAUUGUGGCUGAGAUUCUAUUUUAACUAUUCAAUAACGGCGGCGUUGACUAGCUAGCUAAAAAGUCUUCAUUUGCUCCUCCGACAUUUCAACUAUUCCUUUCGAUAAGCACUUAGACUCCUUCUCCCUCCUUUUCUUACUCGCAAAGACCGACUUACUAAGAGCAUCAUCUCCGUUCUUCUCCUUUCCUUUCUGGUGCUCCCAAUCAACAAUUUGAUCAUCAUCAUCAUGUACUCCUCCAACCCCAAUUCCUACGACAAGUUCUCCUCCGCCCCCGCCGCGGCGGACCGAAAAACAACUCCGCCGCCGAUCUUCUCCAAGGAUUCUUCAACCACCACCACCACAACCUUUACAGACAGUACCGGCGGCACUGGCAGCCACCUCUACAGCACCAGCUCCGAUGUCGAGCCCAAGGAAUUGGUCGACUGGUCCUCCGGACUCUGCGACUGCUUCUCCGAUUGCCGCAACUGCUUUAUAACGUUCUGGUGCCCCUGCGUCACCUUCGGCCAAGUCGCCGAGAUUGUGGAUAUGGGAUCCUCUGCUUGUGGUGUGAAUGGCGCACUCUACACUCUGAUAGCAUGCGUGACUGGGUUUCCCUGUUGCUUUUCUUGUUUCUACCGCUCGAAAAUGCGGCAGCAGUACGGUCUCAAGGGCACACACUGCGGCGAUUGUUUGGUUCACUGCUUCUGCGAGUAUUGCUCCUUAUGUCAGGAGUAUCGCGAGCUGAAGAACCACGGAUUCGAUCUGUCCAUUGGAUGGCAUGGGAACGUGGAGAGGAAGAACCAGAACGUGGAGAUGGGUCGUCUGCCUCCAGUAGUCGAACGGGGCAUGACCCGAUAGUCCUGUAUGAGCUUCUAUGCAGUAGUAUGUGCAAGUGUAUGUAUUAUCACAAUAAUGUGUGAUGAUGUAUGUAAUUCUGGUAUCCUUGUUCCUGUAUCAUGAUGUUUCUUCUUGUUUUGUAUGUUGUACCGCUACAUUGCGAUCGGAGAUAUGGACUCCUAUAUUGGUGCUGUAAGCACUUCAUUCUUGCUCCAGCUCCACUUGAAACUGUUUCUUAGUGCUUAUCGUCCCUCGACGAGCUGCUGGUUUCGUUUGGAGUUCAGGAAUUAGGGUUGUUUUGGUGGUAGUGUCUGAGUAAUCCUGCUGAGUGAAGCUACAUCAUAGUUCAUAAGCUACAAGCCGAAGCUCGAAAACUGCCAAUUGGAGUGUGCUAGUAGGUAUGAUGAUAUCAUUGAUACGAGGUUGUGUAAACCCUAUUUAUGUUACCUUACAGGUUGCUCUAAUUGUUGGUGAGUUGCUUCGUUUGAUCAUUCUUCGUGACAGUUGCUAGAUUAGUUCUUUCCUUCUGUGAUCAUGAAUUAGAUCUAGUAGUAUGUCUUUCAUUUCGGUUUUAAGCUCUACUUUGACUUGGUUCGAGUCAGAUAGCAUGAACAUUAAACCUUUUUCUUCUUAAUUCUUCUGUGGUUAAAAGAGUAAAUCAGUGAUCAAUUAAGUUGGGUGGUUCUUCUGGUUUUAUGAUCAACUGUGAAAAAAACUGUUCGGUUCAUUCUUAGUUGUCCAAAUCAAUGAAUCGAAUUACUAUUGAAACUGGUUUGACGAUUCUACUAACCGGUUGCUGAUCCAGUUCGAUACUUUUAACACUGGUAAUGACCCACUUUCUUUUUAUAUAGAAAUCAAUCACAUCCAAUAAACCAUGGGGUCGUUUGGAUGGAGGUUUCUAAUGAGAGAUUUAUGAGAGAUUUUAAAACAAUUUCUCAUUAUGCAGGAUUUUAAAACAAUCAUGUGUUUGGAUAUAUGAGAGAUUCUAGACAUUAGUAAUUUUAAAAUCUCUCAAAUGCAGGUUUUUAAAAUAGCUGAUGGGAUCAGCUAUUUCGAAAUCCCUCAUUUUUUUCCAGCUUUGUUCCAACCUUGUUCUCUUCCAAACUUGUUCCAAACUAACACUCUUCCUUCUUCCCAGUUCAUCCUCAUCUUCUCCAUCGUCUUUCUCCGGCGAACUCAAGCUCCGGCCACCUUCUUCCGGCAUCCAAGCAAAAACUCUUAUACCGACAUUGCCGCCUUCCCAUCCCAAUUCAGUGAACCCUUUCUUAUUCCCAUCUCGUCCCCAUCCUCUCCACCCUGUUUCUUCGACGACGUCAAACUCCGACCCAACUUCUUCCUUCCUCUUACUUCUUCAUAGAAGAUGGUGUGCCUCGUUCACCCGACUCUCGCAGACCCCAUCCACUAAGUCGUCGCCCGCCAACUGCUCAUCAGAAGACAAAUCACCGGCGUCGAGGAGUUCUUUGUUCGAAGUCGGCGAUUGUAGAUCUGCAAAAAAAAAAAAAAAUUGCUCUGCAAUUGAAGCUCGGCACUUUCGGAUUGUAUGUUAGGGGUCGAUUUGGGGAUUUCCCCUUUGCUGCAAAAAUCGGCACAACAACAAAAGACGUAAAGCCGCCAGAAGCCGAGACGAAGGAACGGAGAAGAAGAAGAAGAAGAAGAAGGGAGAGCGGUAAUCGUGUAAUUGGGAUUGAUUGGGCUAAAAUCCUGAUCCAUUCCCAAACGCAAAAUCUCACGUUUUAAAUUCCUAGAGUUUUGAUUGAGAGAUUUGGGUCUUAAAUCCCUCAUUUUAAAAAGCUGCAUCCAAACGACCCCCAUAAUACGUCUCUUCAUUCAAUUAAACCUAAACCCCCUUUCUAUUCUUGCCAGAUAGGUCGACCCAACCUAAUUAGUUAUCGGGUGGGGUUCAGACCUUGAAAGCUGGCUGUGGCCUGUGAGUGUGACAAAAGAAAAUGAAUCCAUUUGU